UUUAAGUGUCUUGAUAAGUAAUUCCUGUGUGGUGGAAACAAUGAUCUUUGAACGAGAGUGUUUGAAUCCAACGUGUCAGAAGCGCUCCAAACGGCGUCGUGAUCAGGUCAAGACAUAUUUCCUCCUUUUAAUGCACAAAAAAUAUAUCUGAGCCUUACAUGUACAUAAGAAAUUUCACUUACUAUGAUCAUGCGUCGUCUUAUAAUGCUAUUAUUUAUAUGCAAUUUAAUUUAUCCUUGUUAUCUUUUUUCUAAAAAAGGAUCACCAUUUUAUUGCCCACACGAGUUUUUCCAAUGCGAUGAUGGCAAAUGUAUUCCACUCGAAAAUAAAUGCGAUGGCACAAUCAAUUGUAAUGAUGGAUCGGAUGAAAAUGAAUGCAACAUAUUUAUCACAUGCAGCAAAAACGAAUUUAAAUGUAAAAAUAACCUAGAAUGUAUACCGUUAACGAAAUAUUGUGAUACAAAAAAGGAUUGCACAGAUGGAAGCGAUGAGCACGAAGACUGUGUGCAACAUGUGAAUUGUAGCGGCAAGUUUAUGUGUAAGGACCGACGUUGUAUACCUGAAGAAUGGGUUUGCGACGAUGCCAACGAUUGUUUCGACGGCAGCGAUGAAUGGAAUUGCGGCAUAAAUAAAACAUUAACUAAGAGAGAAUGUAAAACUGAGAACUCUCAUUAUUGGUGUGCAAAUCAACGAUGCAUAGCUCUUAACUUAGUAUGCAAUGAAAAGGAUGAUUGCGGUGAUGGAUCAGACGAAGGUUCCGGUUGUGCACAAUCCAAUUGCUCAUCAGCGGGAUGCCAUCAUCAAUGCCAGCGAACUCCUAAAGGACCUAGAUGUGUCUGUAACCCGGGUUAUAAAUUACAAAACAAUAAUCACACUUGCGAUGACAUCGAUGAGUGUCAGAUUUAUGGAAUAUGCGAUCAAAAAUGUGUGAAUUUCCAAGGGUCGUAUACGUGUACAUGUCAAAUGGAUUAUUACUUAGAUGACGACAAGAAAACUUGCAAAGCGCGUGCUGGCGAGGCUACAUUGGUGUUCUCUACAGACACUGCGAUUAUCUCGAUGUAUGUCGAAUCGAAAAAAUAUUUUCCAGUGGCGACAAACUUAAGUCACGCUGUCGGUGUUGCUGUGAAUGGCGACUAUAUAUAUUGGUCUGAUAUUGAACAAGGUAACGAAGUCAUUGUAAGAAAUUCUCUUGAAACCAAACAUGAAAUCAUCGUCACAACAGGUUUGUCGAAGAUAUCAGGGAUAGCCGUGGAUUGGAUCACAGAAAACAUAUAUUUCACGGACGAAGGUUUCCGUCGUAUUGGAGUCUGUACAAACAAUAGCACGUAUUGUACCGUAUUAAUCAAAGAAACUGAUAAACCAACAGGAAUUGCUUUGUUACCAACUAAUGGAAAAAUGUAUUGGAGCGAUUGGGGUUCCUUUCCACACAUAGCAGUAGCAGGAAUGGACGGCAAAAACAAUCAAGUAUUCGUCUCUGAAAAGUUAGGAUGGCCAAAAAGCGUGACUAUUGACUAUCCGAAUGAGCGAUUAUAUUGGGUGGAUGCUAAGUCAAAGAUAAUCGAAUCAAUACAUUUAGACGGCACCGAUCGAAGAUUAGUACUACACGAUAUAAUACAACAACCAUUUUCUCUGGCCGUUUUCGAAAAUAAAUUAUAUUGGAGCGACUGGGAAUCCAAUAUGAUACAUUCUUGCAAUAAAUUUACUGGAAAGGACUGGCAUAUUUUAACUCGGAGUGAUAAUAAACUUUAUAGCGUGCAUAUAGAUCAUUCAGCAAUAAAGCCCAAAUUUAACAAUCCCUGUCAACACAAUAUGUGUUCUCACUUAUGCUUGCUGAAUGAAAAGAAACGAUAUACGUGCGCCUGUACAUUAGACAAAGAAUUAAACGCCGAUGGUCGUACUUGUCAAGAGGUGAAGAAGAAGCAGCAUUUGAUAAUUUUUCAAGGAAGAACACUUAUAGACUAUUAUCAUGAAUUGAUAGGAAAGCCAAAAAUGGUAAACUUUUUACCACCAAAAGGACUAUUUAUAACGAAGAUAAUGUCUGAUCCGCUUUCUGGUCAGAUAAUUAUAUGCUCUGAGAAUUGGCCAGAGACACAUAUCGUACGCUAUGAUCCAACCAACAACACUACCAAAGAAAUAAUAACGUUCAAUAUAGUAGUUCAAGAAGUAGCAUUUGAUUAUGUUGGCAAUAACUUCUAUAUAAUAAACCCAUUAAACCAAUCUAUAGAGGUACACAGUGUGAAAACCCAGGCAAUGACGGCUUUUUAUUUUAAUGAUAUUGUUCCACGCUAUAUUACAUUGGCACCUGAAGAAAGUAAAAUGUUCGUGAUUGUCCGAAAUCAGCGUAUAUAUUCUCUAUAUGAGAUGCAAAUGAACGGACUCGGUGAAAGAAAGUUAAUUAAGGAAGGUUUGAAUUACAUAAAUGGUCUGAACAUGUACUAUGACAGAGACAGUAAAACACUUUUUGUGAGUGAUAUAUCCUCAGGUUACAUCUUGUCGCAUUCGGCCGAAGAUACGCGUAUUCUUCGUACUGGACUACACUUCCCUAAUAGUCUCACUGUUGCUGGCGAUAAUAUUUUUUGGAUUGAAAAAUAUUCUGUAUUAUAUUGGACAAACUUUAAAAGCGCUACUACUUCGAAUCAUAAGAGUGUUGCAUUACAUUUGCCAAGAAAAUCAUCAAGAGAUAUUGGUCUGUACGCAUCACAACAUCAGGAUCAGUUUGUAAUAACUCUGCGCAAAGAUAAUAUACAAGAAAACGGUUGUCAGAAAAAUAAUGGAAAUUGCUCACACGUCUGUUUGCCCUCCUUCAUUAAUUCAUUUAUUUGUGCUUGUCCACCCGGAUUAGAGUUAUCAAUUGAUAAUCGUACAUGCAUUUUGCAUAAUGAAUGUCUGAAAAACCAAUAUAAAUGCACCGAACACAAUAUUUGUAUACCAAAUGAGCAAGUUUGUGACGGAAUCAUGCAUUGUCCAAACGGUGAAGACGAGACGAAAAACUGUGCAGAAAGGGGGAGAUGUAAAGAAAAUCAAUUUAUGUGUAAAAAUGGCGACUGCAUUAGUUUAAAAGACCAUUGUAAUUCUCAUUACGAUUGUAUCGACCAAUCGGACGAAGACAACUGCGAAAAAUCGAAGUGCAAUAGUGAUGAAUUUCAAUGUUUAUUUUCUAAGACGUGCAUACCGAACAUCAAAAGAUGCAACGUGCACUUUGAUUGUGAAGAUUUUACUGAUGAAUUGAAUUGUAAAAGGGAGUGCUCUCCGACCGAAUUCACGUGCAAUAAUGGUGCAUGCAUUCCGAAGUCUUUAGUAUGCGACGGCGAGAUCGACUGUAACAACGGAGAGGAUGAAAAAUGUCAUUCAAACACGACAUUAUGUGAAUCUGGGCAAUUCCAGUGCGCAAGUGGUGGUUGUAUAACUAAAUCGCUGAAAUGUGACGGCACCGUCGAUUGCUACGAUGGCAGCGACGAGAAGCAUUGCUUAGAGAACGUAAACUAUUUAACCAAUUGCACUUCAAAUGAAUAUCGAUGUCUCAAUUCUAAUAUAUGUGUACCGAAAAAAGUAAAAUGCAAUGGCAUAAGUGAUUGUCCGGAAAACGAUGACGAGCACGGUUGCUCGGUUUGCUUCCAUGAUGAAUUUGUCUGUGAUAAUAAAAGAUGUAUUCCAGAGAAUUGGGUAUGCGACAAGACCAACGAUUGCGGCGACAAUUCGGAUGAAAAAAAUUGCGACGGUAGCAAGAAGAUCGUCAUUGAAUAUGGCAAAUGUGAUGAAUUUCGAUGUUCUGCUGGCUCUUGUCUGCCAUAUAGCAAAGUAUGCGACGGGAUUCUAGACUGCCCAGAUGGCAGCGAUGAAAAUGGGAAAUGCCUAACGGCUUGUGUGAUGAACAACUUUUGUAAAGGUAUAUGUUACAAGACACCAACAGGCGGAAUUUGCGGUUGUCAAGAUGGAUAUCGUUUAGCUACUGACAUGAUUUCUUGCGAGGACAUAAACGAAUGCGAAAACCAUAUUUGUUCGCAAAUUUGUCGGAACACUAUAGGUUCUUACGAGUGUUUGUGCAAUAACGGAUAUAUUCUUCGUAAUGAUACAGUUUCUUGCAAAGCUGUCGGACCGCCAAUGGAAAUCGUUGCUGUUACUGAUAAUGAUAUUAGGACGAUCUCGCUUAAUUUACGUUUAGUUAAAGUGAUCCAUUCAUUAUCGGGCUGGAGUAUAAGUGGUCUUGACGUAAAUGCGGUUCACAACUCUGUUUAUUGGAGUAAUGAUGAAUUCGGUGCUGUUACUAAAUUUAACGUUAAAACAAAGGAAAUAUUGACAGUUAGAAUUGCCCACCGUCCACAGACACUCGCGGUCGAUUGGAUUACUGAUAAUAUUUACAUCAAUGAUAACGACCGUCCGAAUACGAUUAAGGUAUGCAACUUGGAGAAACAAAAAUGUGCCACUCUGAUUUGGCUAAAAGAUAAGAUAAAAGUAACGUCCCUCGUAGUUGAUCCAAUUAACAGAUGGCUAUUUUGGUCUGAAGUAACUUUUGAAACAGAUAUAAAUACAUCCAGCAAAAUAUGUCGAACAGAUAUGACGGGUGCCGAUAUGAAAAUUUUUGAUACCGAUUUAGGCUUUGUGAAUGGGAUGGCAAUCGAUCAUAUAAACUCUAGAUUAUAUUGGUCGGAUUAUAAAAACAUCAUGUCAUCUAAUUUCGAUGGAAACCAACGCAAGUCAUUCAUCCAUUCAGCUUUCCAUCCAUUAGGUCUCAGUAUUUUUGAACAGACGCUUUAUUGGUUGAAUUCAAAUGGUUAUUUGAUUAGCUGUAAGCUAUACGGUAAAAUAUCGUGUGAAACAUUAGACAUAAGCACACUUAAUAUUCAUAAAUUCUUCACCAUUCUUCAUACUUCCAGACAACCUAUUGCUAAAAAUCUUUGCGAUGAAAAGUACUGUGACUAUAUGUGCGUUCUAACAAAAGACGGUGCAACGUGCAUUUGUUCAGAUGGUAAACGGAUAGAAUCCAAUGUCACUUGCGAGAUAAAAAGUGAUCUGAAGUUUAUUAAGAAUAUUAAUUUGUCAAGAAAUACACGAAACAUAAGUGGCGGCAUUUAUAGCAUAACAAUAAUCGUAUUAUUAGUUGGUGUUUCGCUACUGUGUGUUUACUAUUACUAUCAGAGAAACAGAUUAAAAUCAAUACCAGCAAGUGAUCUUAGUUGCAGCAGCAUUCGCUUCCAAAAUCCGUCGUACGAUCGAAGCGAUGAGGUUGAAGUAAUGCUCGACUCCGUUUCUCCUGAAUUAUAUCCCGGACAGCACGAAUAUGUUAAUCCUAUUAAUGAUAAAUGUAUAAAGGCUGCGAUGGAAAAUAGCACACAAAAAUCAGAUAAAUGCUUGGAGGAAAAGGAUAUUGAAGAAACAGAGAAACAGGAUGCGCUGAUUUAUUUUAUACAGAAUUCGAAAUAAUUUAAGUACAGUCGACAAAAUAUCGCAAAAAUUAAGGUCAAAAUGAAAGUUAAAAUUAAUAAGAUCUUUAACAAGAUCAUUUACACAGAUCUUAACAAGAUCUUUUACGUUGAAGAAUUUUUUAAUGUUUUGUAUUUAUUAAAUUAGUGAAUAUACAUAUAUCUAUAAAUGCAAAGUAUAUAUAGAUAUCGAUAUAUAUACGUAACUCAAUUAACUUAAGUAUAUUGCCUACUAUACGCGGGUUAUUAAGUAGGUUAUAACAGAUAUAACCGCAUAAUUUAUUAUUAAACAUUUCUUACGCGUCUUACUUUGAGUAAAUGUUGAAAACUAAAAUGUAGCUAUUUAAAAUAUUGUUAUAUUGUGAUUUAUGAGUUUUUCAGAUGUUUUUUUUUCAUCAUUUUGGAUAUCUAACAUCUUUUCGUAUAUCGCUUUUAAUUUAUUACGGUUUGCGUCAUCGAUUUCAGAACAAGUAUCAAAAAUUUGCAAAACUUACUUAAAUUUAUUCAAUAAUAACGCCAUAGCGAAUCGAAUUUUUUCCCGAGCUUUUCGGCCAUCUCCGUUCGUUCGUGCAUAAUUACAAUUACUUCUAAAUUUGAAUUUAACUUUCUCAUCAUGUCUCUAAACUUGUGUUGUAAUACGCUGUAUUUCUCCUCAAGUGCUUUGUAUUUCUUAGAACACAUUAUACCAAGUUCAUAAGAACUAGCCGCAAUUUAUUCAAUACUGAAUCAAUUUAUUCAACCGAUUAAUCUCUGUUACUUUUUGGAAUCUCGAUUCACGAUCGACUUGUUCUUGCGUGCACGAUCCGCAUACCUCAACGUAUUAAGUGUCUCAUCCAAAUUAUAAUCAGCAGGACUGACACAGGCAACCAUAAAAGUCAUGGAGUUACCGCCUAAGGAAUCUUGUAAUAGUCUUAUAAGUUUACUAUCCUUAUAUCCGAUAUAAGUUCCAGAAGCACCGUCACCAAGUUGCGAAAUGACAUUGCUUAGAGCCAGUAGUCCUUUGUUUAUGUUUACACCCUCUUUGAACCGUUUUUCAAUGGUUUGAGUCUUUUCACUACGUUCGGACCCCGCUCAAAUCAACCGAAUGAAAUUUAAUUCGCUACUGUUGCUAUCCUGGGAUUAUCUUUCUUUUGCUGACGUAUAUAUAACUUAAAUAUCUUGUGACUACGACUACUAUUUGCAUUCAUAGCUGUUGCUCCAUGUUACGCGACCUAUGGAACCUUGGGUCAAACAUUCUAAUGUCUCAUGAGCAUUUAUUACUUGUUUUUCAGUUACACCAACAAUUUUUAUGCUCUUUCCAUCCUCUCUAAUAUCUAGUAUGGACUGACUUUCCUGCUUAUCGGACAAUAGAUCAUACAAUUGCUCUUGAUAUAAUUCGAUAAACGAGACUGCAACUUUAAAGCUCCAAUCUUUCUUGGAUUUGUUUCAAAUAUAUUGUAUAUAACUCUUGGAAUAAUACCCUUUUCUUUCACACUUGUAUAACUGGUACUUAUGAAAUAGGUUUUAUCACAUCCAGUUUGUAUAUGCUAAUUUUAUAACCAGAGAAGAAUUAAUGUUCUUUUCUGAUUGUAGCUUGUUCUGAUUAUAACCUUGAAAAAUAUUAUCUAAGAAUCUCUUAAUUGGAGAAGAAGUACAGCAUAUUACAGCACCUGGGUAAAGCUUAAUCGAAAGAGAUGGCCGAUACAAUUCACAUUCCGAUCUUAUAAUUGUCUUAAGUUUAGUCAUGAGGGUCUAUCUAAAAAAUAAUAGUACAGAGUCUAAAGAUUGUAAAUAAGACGAUUUUGAAUAUAAGAACAAAGUACAUAUAAUCAACAUCUUUAUUAACAUUAUGUACAUACACAAUAACGUAUUUAUAAAAUUAAUAAAGUUAGUUUUAACA